AUGCACAGCGUGCAGCCUUGCGCGGCGAAGGUGAACGUUCCGAAAACCAAGAAGACCUACUGCAAGAACAAGGACAAGGUAAGCCAGUACAAGAAGGGAAAGGGUAGUCUCUCUGCUGAGGGGAAGCAUCGUUAUGACCGCAAGCAGUCAGGAUAUGGAGGGCAGACGAAGCCUGUUUUCCACAAGAAGGCCAAGACAACAAAGAAGAUUGUGCUGAAGCUGCAGUGCCAGAGCUGCAAGCUCUACUCUCAGCAAGUGAUCAAGAGGUGCAAGCACUUCAAAAUCAGUGGAGACAAGAAGGGCAAAGGAACCUCUCUCUUCUGA